AUGUCUGACUCAAAUGAUGGCCAAGAAAGCACUAAGAAGAAUAUGGAAGCUCAGAAUGUAGGAGAGGCUGAAUUACCACACGAAACACCAGAACAUGCGGAAAAGCCAGAGAUCUCUAGGAAAGAUGAUAAAUUAACAAAGAAGAACCGAAAAAAGGGUAAGGCUAGAAAGGGCGGCAACAAUAGAGUGGAAACUGAGCUAGUUCAUACCGCUCUACUAGAGAAGGAUAAUCCAUUCAUGGAGGAACAACAGGAAGGUCUCAAGAAAUCAGCUUUAUUAGAAAUACCUGGUAUGAAAAGCCAUAAACUAAAGAAUCCGAAUGAAGACUACGAAGACGACUCAGAGGGACUGUUACCCUUAAAUCAUGAAUCGAAUACAGAAACGUGUAGGACUAGUCCAAGCGGAAGCAUUAACUCUAUGAAUGGAGAAACGUCUCCCUCCGAAGAUCUCUCUGUGGGAAAUAGAAGCAAGUCUACCAGGAUACAUAUUCUUGAAGCGAAAAGAGCUUCAGAGGGUCAGGGCAGAGCCUACAUUGCCUAUGUUAUACAAUUUGAAAAUUCCAUUGUUCAGAGGCGUUAUAGUGACUUCGAGAGUUUGAGAAGUAUAUUGAUAAGGUUAUUCCCCAUGACAUUAAUACCGCCAAUACCAGAAAAGCAGUCAAUAAAAAAUUAUGGCAAAUCAAUAACUGGAUCUAGUUCAAAAUACCUGCUGCCCUCUGAAGGUUCGGGCUCAGUGGAUCUUUCGUUGUCUGUCAUACAUGCAUCGGUUAAUAAUAAUGAGGAAAAGUUAAUACGACACAGAAUAAGAAUGCUUACCGAAUUCUUGAACAAACUUCUGACUAAUGAAGAAAUUACGAAAACUUCCAUAAUUACAGAUUUUUUGGAUCCCAAUAACCAUAACUGGCAUGAAUUUGUUAAUAGUUCGGCCACGUUUUCAUCCUUGCCAAAAAGUAUUCUUCAAUGCAACCCUUUAGACCCCACCAAUACCACUAGAAUUCAUGCUGCCUUACCGAUACCAGGCUCUUCAUCACAGUCGGUGUUGAAUAAGGAACCAAGCGACAAGAAGGUGGAUAAGAAAAGAAGCAAGUCGUUUACUGGUGUUGAGCAAGAAUAUAAGCAGUAUGAGAAUCUAUUAGACGGUGGAAUUUAUAAGUAUAAUAGGCGAACGACGAAAACAUAUCAUGACUUAAAAACAGACUACAAUGAAAUCGGUGAAGUAUUUGCACAAUUUGCUAAUGAACAGGCUCAGGUUGGAGAAAUAGCGGAGCAACUUUCUUAUUUAAGCAACGGAUUUUCCGAAUCUUCAAUCACUUUGGAAAAAUUGGUUGGAAGAUUAUACUACAACAUAAACGAACCCUUAAAUGAAUCGGUUCACAUGGCAACAUCUGCGAGAGAGCUAAUAAAAUAUAGAAAAUUGAAAUACUUACAAAAUGAAAUGAUUAGAAAAGCUUUGAACUCCAAGAAGGUACAAUUGGAAAAACUUGAGGCACAAAAUAACGAAUACAAGGACGUUGAUAAAAUAAUUGAUGAUGAAAUGUCUAAAAGUCAUACCAUUAAUCUGGAACGCCCUAACAACAACGCCGGCAAUGGUGGAAAAUCGUAUGGUGGAAAAUUAUUUAACGGAUUUAACAAAUUGGCAUCCAUGGUUAAAGAAUCCGUGAAGUAUCAAGAAACUGAUCCUCACACCGCGAGUGUGAACUUGAAGAAGGAAAUUGAACAACUUUCUGACUCUUUGAAAGUUACAGACAAUGAUUUAGAGGUUAUUUCAAAAGUUAUUCAAAAUGACCAGUUGCCCAGAUUUUCGAAAGAAAGAGAGACUGAUUUAUCAGAGAUCCUAAAACAUUAUUCUAGAUAUAUGAGAAAUUACGCCCGGAAGAACCUAGAAAUUUGGAAAGAAGUCAAGAAACAUCAAGAUUUCGCAUAA